AUGACCCCAGCACGCAUUCUUCUCGUCCACGGCGCCCUUGCGGACGGCUCCUCGUGGUCCAAGGUCAUUCCUCGUCUCCAGGCAGCCGGACACAACGUCACAUCUGUGCAACAGCCGCUCACCGGACUCCCAAACGACAUCGACGUCGUCAGAACUGCUCUGAAGACCCUCAACUCCCAGAGCAAUGUGCCAAUCGUUGUUGCCGGACACUCUUUCGGCGGCUUCGCCAUAACCAAUGCUGCCACCGACACUCCCAACAUCAAGGCGUUGGUCUAUGUCAUGGCCUUCGCUCCGGACGAGGGAGAAACCGUCAACACCCUUAGUGUCGGUUACACCCCCUUGGAGUCGUACAAGUACUUUCUCCCCGACGCAGACGGUCGCCUCGUCCUCGCGCAGCCGGAGUUCUUGAAGUACUUCGCUCCCGAUGUCGACCACGCGGAUGCUCGUGUCCUGGCUGCCGCGCAGGGCCCCUUCGACGCCGGCCGGUUUGACUUUGCAUCCGGAGAGCCUGCGUGGAAGGAGGUCAAGACAAUUCACUACGUCAUUGCCGAAAAGGACCAGAUCAUCCAGCCCGAGCUGCAGGCGUUCAUGGCGAAGCGCAUCAAUGCCAAGACUCACACGCUCAAAGAUGCUAGCCAUGCUGGACUCUACAGCCACGGGGAUGCUGUUGCUGACGUUAUCCUUGAGGCUGCAAACAGCUGGUAG